AUGUCGGGUGCUUCAGAGCAUGGGCAACUCGACAAGAGAGAUGAGGAACUUGAGUGGUUGCGCAGACUGGUAAGAGAUUUGGAGUUGGAAGCAAGAGAUCGAGAUUUAGAUUCCCCAGAAGAGCGACGGCCCCGUAAUGCCACCAUGGAUGCUAUGAGUUGCGCCUUAUGCAGAGCUGCUCGUUCGCCGUUCUCAGACGACAUUGAACGGGCCCCAAUGCCGAGUAGAUUUAUGCACCCACCAUUCAAUUCCUAUGAUGGGAAAAAGGACCUGAUAGAGCACGUCAGUCAUUAUAUCCAGAUGAUGUCUCUGCAUACUCAUAAUGACGCGCUAAUGUGUAAGGUAUUUCUCUCAAGCCUCGGGCCCACUACUUUGAGAUGGUUUAAUGGACUACGGGAGGGUUCCAUUCAUAGUUUUGCGGAGUUGAUCCAAGAAUUCGGCGUCCGGUUUGUAACCAAUAGCCGGGUAUCGCAACCAGUAGAUGCAUUACUAUCUAUGAAAAUGAGGGUUGGAGAAACCUUUCGCAGUUAUGCUAGUUGGUAUUGGGAGUUUUAUAAUGAGAUUAGUGGAGGCAAGGAGAAGAUUACGGUGAGCACCUUUAGAAUGGGGCUUCCCAAAGACUUCAAACUACGAGAGUCAUUGACGAGGAAGCCUCUCGAGGAUAUGAGGCAGCUCAUGAGGCGUAUUGAGGAGUACAAACGCCUAGAGGAUGACCGGUUGUAG